AUGGCAUCCUCGGUGGGAUCCGACAUCUUUGCAUGCCUGGCUCUUUUGACCAUCUCAGUCGCCGUCUUGUUCAUUCUGCGACACUACCUACCGUUACGAACCACUCCCGCUUUCCUCCUCGUCCCGAUUUUCCUGGCCCUAGUCCUACCCGCCAGCGCCCUCAUUCUAGUCCCCGUUGAUCUCGCAUCCAGCGCGCGAGAGAGUGAUCAUGGCGGGAAAGGAAUAUGGUUGCCCAAAAGAGCUGUCUUGGUUGCCUGGAGAAUCGUCUACUGGUUGACUUUUGUCCUGACAUGGGUUGUCUUGCCUCUAUUGGGGGAAUACAUGGAUGCUGGAUAUCGUGAUCCCAAGUCCCGGCUGAUCUAUUCGCUGCGUUCCAAUGGCAGAUACCAACUGAUCGUUCUGGUCUGCGCUAUCGCCGGUCUGAUAUACAUGAUAUUUUCCUAUGGCUUCGACUUUACCGCAAUCAGAGCCUUGGUCAUGGCGCUCGCGUAUGUGUGGGGUCUUGCUCUUGCCAUAUACCUGAUGGGCCACGGUCUAGUCUCCAUCCCGAGGAGGAUGUUCCGAAAGGCGGAUAUAAGCGGCAGCCUGCGGCGUGUCCAGGGCCAGGCUCCAAGAGUUCACGAGAAGUUGGAGGACGCUAUUGUGGCGCUUGAUGAGCUGGAAGCUCAAGUGAUGCAGCUCAAGCAAAGGAAAACUGGAAGCGCCCGAGAUUUCCAGGAUUGGAUUGAUGAGCUGGUCGACAUGACCGGCCAGCCUGAGAGUCGAGUCUUUUCCAAUGUCACCACCAUCGACGCCUCUGCCAAAGUCCCCGCAGUCAUCACCGAAAGAUACCUGGCUGAUUUGACUCGACGAUUAGUUCGAGCCAAACACCGCCGAGCUAGGUACGUUCGCGAGUGGGACAACAUUGUCCAGACCGCCUCAGAUCUGCAAGCCAUUCUCGAUUCCCAAGGCUCAGGGAAACUCGACUUUGGCCGUGCCACCUCAUCCACACUCAAGUGGUCCCCCAUGACCGCCUCAAUGCGUUAUCAUGUGCAUGUCCACCUUGUUCCCGCCGUCAGGAUAGCUUUGGGAGCUGUCCUCUCCCUCGCAUCGAUCGCUAUCAUCUGGUCUGAGAUCAUCAAGUUUCCUGCUCCACACCUAUCGGCGGUCAGUCUCACGGUCAUUCACCACCCGAGUGACAAGAACUAUCAAAUAGGCUUUGGCGGCCAAGUCAUUGCCUCUAUGUGGAUCACUUACAUGUGCAUUUGCGCCCUGAGUAGUAUGAACGACGUCCCUACAUGGAACCAGCGAGCCCUAGUGAGGAGGAACACGUACGCUGAGUCCGCAUGCUGGUAUGCGGGGCAGAUUGCCAAAUUGACCGUGCCGCUGGCAUACAAUUUCCUCACUUUCUUGCCCAAGGAUAUUCACCAGAAUUCGACCUUCUAUGGCUUCCUGGGGAGACUGAUCAAUUUGACGCCGUUAGGAACUUGGUUCGAUUACCUGUUCCCAAUGUUCGUCCUGCUUCCAGUGAUCAUGACACUAUUCAAUCUAUAUGGCAAGAUCAAGAACGUGCUGGGCUUUGGCAUAUUAGAAAUUGAUGAAGACGAGGAUGAAAAUCCGUCUGGCUUCGGAACCGGAGGUUGGCGUGAAGGACGGGACCUCAUCGCACGAGAUCUUCAGGGGAACCGACCAACAGCCACGUUGGGUAUCACUGAUUCACCGCGCACAUCUUUGGAUAGGCCUCGUGCUGCACCAACGAGGUGGACGCCUCCUGCUGAUCGAGCUGGGGCCGACAGCAUUCGCGCGACAGCGUCGAGUACGCCGCACAACCCAACAUCCAGAGAUCGAUUCAGAGAUCGACCUACUUUGGAACCUGAGCCCGAUGAGGAAAACUUCUUCACGCUUUUUGGGAGGAGGGUGAAAAACACGAUUGACACGAUCGAAACGCCCAAAUGGAUGCAACCUCCGACGAGUCGGAGUGGAGGUGGUACCGGCUUCAAGCGGCCACGAUGGUUAGGAGGGACAGGGGACGAGAACGCUGGCAACAGCGGGACCAACAGUGGUGGUGGUGAUUCCAAUAUCCUGGGGUUGUUUGGUGGCAGGACAACCCAAGACGGCAGGAUCAUGAUAUGA